UACAAACAACUCCUGCAGGCCAGUAAUUGGAUUUAAACAAUUGUAUUUGUGUGUCGAGACUCGAUUCUUUCGCUUUUGUGUUCGUGUUUUGGGACAUCGUUCUCUUUGCAUAUUAAAAAAGAUCUCAUUGUCUUUUGAGAGAUAAAGAAACAUAACGUGUGAUAAGUAACCACUCUUUUAUGCAUUUUUUGACACAUAAUUUUAUUGACGGCUUUUUUUUUUAUAUUAAGAAUACAUGCAGUGUAUUGAUUGUGGUCAAUGCUCCGCCGUGUCGUCUGUUUGCAUCCCCAUUUUGUAUCUGAUCUUUGUCUUGUUUAUAUUUGGGUAUCAACAUAAUCAACACAACGGAAUAGCCAUUCCACGCCGCCGGACCACCCUUAGCUCUUACUUGUAAUCGAUAUCGAAAGGAAACCCUCUCCGACCAUGUGCUUUGGACGCCUCAUUUUCAGCAUCGGAAAAUGAAUGACAUCGAUUUUUAUAGCUGAACAUUAUUGUUAUUGUAUGGAGAUAAAUGUUUAUAGCAAAGAUCGCAGUGAACGGAGUUGCGUAUGAAAAAGUCGUAUUGCAGCCAUUGCCAUGGAAAAUGCCAUCAUUGAUCUAAAUCUGAACGGCAGGGUGUUCCGCUUGAAGCGUUCCACGUUCCUGCGAUUACCUAUUGCUUGUCUGGGAUAUGGCGAAGAUGGUCAAGGUGAGGUGUUUCUAGAGCGCCAUGCAGACUGUUUUGAAUCCAUUCUUUGGUAUUAUACUAACGGAGAACUUCAUAUGCCUAAUUCUAUAUGCCCAGCCGUGUUUAAAAAGGAACUGGAGUUUUGGUCUGUGGAUCCAAGUAAACUCUCUCAGUGCUGUUACAUGAAAUACCUUUCGUUUUUUGAAGAUCAGAAAUUGCUUAAAACAUUUGAGGAGGACGAGAAAAAGUCCACAGGCGUAGGAAAACUUCCAAAAAUUGGGAGGAGUAAGCUGGAGAAAUUUCAGAGUAAAGUCUGGAGGAUUCUUGACGACCCAUCGUCCUCUGUUGCUGCAAAGAUAUACGUUGGUGUGUCAGCGUUCGUCAUACUAAUGUCUAUAUUCGUUCUCUGUGUGAGUACUCACCCGGCGUUCCAGAGAGAACUACAGUAUGACGAACUCGAGGCUUACUACAGUUCUGACCCGGAAAUGCUGGCACAGGUCAAAGGUCUCCGUAACAAGCCAAUCAGAAAAUCCGACAACAGCCAAGUUAAAAAAGUGUCACCUAAAGCACCAACAAAACGGAAUCAUACAUUUUCAUUUUUGUCAGACUUAAAACUGAAUAACUCUUUUGAUGGUGACCACGAAAAUAAAACGGCGGAACUUAUGCCACCACCAAACACAGUUGCGAGAUACACGUAUUUGGAUUAUCUGGACUAUGGAAUGGUGACCUAUUUUGGAGUGGAACUUAUUAUAAGAAUAACGUUUUGUCCGAAAAAAUCGAAAUUUUUCUCAUCUUUACUUAAUAUCAUUGACGUCAUAGCAUUUUCUUCGGAAGUUGCCACUAUGACAUUUGAAUACAUAUUUCCCAAGGAAAAGUACAUCAAAUUUUCCGCUUUGGAUAUCGUAGAAUGCAUUCAGAUAGCUCGAGUGUUUCGUCUUUUUCGUUUAGUAAAAAAUUUUAUUGGAUUUCGCAUUUUAAUUUAUUCAGUACGUGCAAGUCUAAAAAACAUGUUGCUGAUGAUUUUCAACUUACUUGUAGCCGCUCUGAUUUUUUCAUCCAUCGGGUUCUACUCGGAUAGAGCCACAUUUGAAUCCAUACCGGAUGCAAUAUGGUGGGCUAUUGUUACCAUGACAACAGUUGGUUAUGGCGAUUCCUAUCCGCAGAAUAUUCCGGGGAGAUUCAUAGGGUGUUUGUGCGCCAUCUCAGGGAUAUUUGUGAUAGCCGUGUCCAUUCCAGUUCUUGUAAAUAAUUAUGUUCUUUUUACAGGUUUUGCCAAUUUGCCAAUAAAAAGGCACUCAGACGGUCUUACGUCAUUGCUCAAGUCCGAAUUCGACUCCCGGAGAGAAAGGAAACAUUCACAAGAAACGGAACCAAUGACUUCCAUACAAAGUUCUUAGUAAUAACUUAAUUCUUACAGAUAUACCAUACAUAUAACUCAACGAAUAAUUCUAUAAUUAUUUUGUUUUGCAUUUACUUGUAAAGCAUGUUUUUCAUUCAAUGUUGUUUGAAAUCGCC